AUGAUCUUCCAAAAACUUGUCUCCGCGAGCUCUCUGCUCUUGCUUGCCAGCCAAUUGGCACCCAUCUCCGCGAACCCUGUUCCAGAGUCCGAAGCAGCUCGCAGGGCUUUCUACGAUAGCUCUAGUCUUAAAGCGCUCGAAGAUCACUUCGAGUUUGCCAGGUCUCAGCCACCCGGCCAGCAUGGCGAAUCUGCUGAGGUAGAAACCUUUCAGAGAAGAGAUUUGAUCCCUGCUUCUACAACUAAGAGGGAUAUCUCCUGGAACCCAAGCCGCCUUUGGGGUAGUGGUUUCGCCGGCGGGUGGGGCAACCAGUCCUACUACCACGAAACCGAAUGCGAGUACACCUCAAGGCAAAGGUACUGGUAUGGUUUCUUGACCAGAGCCAUUACCUACCCCGACGAGUCCAUUCCCGGUCGUCAGAGAUCAUACUGGACCAAUAUGACUUGGUGGUGGAUUAACAAUGUUCUCCCAGCCGGUAAAUUCGAAUGCAACUUGUACGGCGCUCCAAAAUACAACCCAGGCACUCAGUGUGUCGACAAGAUCUGGAACCCAACUGCCGCUACCUGGGUUGCUCGCAGCAGCUCCAACGCCAACUCCUACUGGACUACAAAUAACGCUACAUACAAGAACCACAAAGUUCGAACUAUUUAUGAUUGCUUGUUGAAUCGCACUGCCAUCGAAUACGGUGACAACGUUGCUGCUUUUGGCUUCAAGCCGGUUCAGUACAAACUCGACGGCAUCAAAUACUACAGGUUCUACGACAACAACAACUUCGCCUGGUUUGCUGCCUGCCCAAGCACUUGGCCAGGAGCUUGGAAACGCCAUAUCGAAGAUGUUCAGAAGCGCGGACUUCUUGAGAAGCGCUGCUGGGACUGCAAGGGUAUCAACCCUGUCUGGGAUUUCUUCCCUCCACAAGCCCGCAACCCACUUGCGGACACCACCGAUAUCCAUGACUACGCUGAUAACAUCCACUUCCCUGAGGAAUUCAACGAGUACCGCCGUAUGCUUGUUACCUACUGGCCACCUACCGCUAGCAGGACUCUCGUUGUUGAUGGCCAUACUUGUGUUCAGGCCGCCGUUAGCAGACCUGGUCUCCGUCAUUGGACCGUCAGAUUUUUCGACGAGGCCCAAAAUGGCUAUGUCCAAGAAAAGGAUGAGUACGAGCCACAGGAGUCCGACUAUUUGUAA